AUGGAGGGGCUGGCGGCCGAGUUCCUGCAGGUGACCGCGGUGACGCGGGCCUAUACCGCGCCCUGCGUCCUUACCACCCACGGCGUGUUGAGCCGGCCCCGGGGCGGGGCUCGCCUUGGUUACGCUGGAUCCCGGGCAGCCCCUGACGCCCCCCUGGUUCCGCAGCAGCUGGAGCUCCUCAGCCCCUUCCAGCUCUACUUCAACCCGCACCUCGUGCUCCGGAAGUUCCAGGUCUGGAGGCUCGUCACCAACUUCCUCUUCUUCGGGCCCCUGGGAUUCAGCUUCUUCUUCCACAUGCUCUUCGUGUUCCGCUACUGCCGCAUGCUGGAGGAGGGGUCUUUCCGCGGCCGCAAGGCCGACUUCGUCUUCACGUUUCUCUUCAGAGGCGUCCUCAUGACCCAGCUGGGGCUGCUGGGCAGCCUGUUCUUCCUGGGCCAGGCCCUCACAGCCAUGCUGGUGUACGUCUGGAGCCGCCGCAGCCCUCGAGUGAGGGUCAGCUUCUUCGGCCUCCUCACCUUCCAGGCGCCUUUCCUGUUCUGGGCGCUCGUGGGCUUCUCCCUGCUGCUGAGCAACUCCAUCCUCGUGGACCUGCUGGGGAUUGCUGUGGGCCACAUCUCCUACUUCCUGGAGGAUGUCUUCCCCAACCAGCCUGGAGGCAAGAGGCUGCUGCUGACCCCCAGGUUCCUAAAGCUGCUACUGGACGCCCCAGAGGAGGACCCCAAUUACCUGCCCCUCCCCGAGGAGCAGCUGGGACCCCUGCAGCAGUGACCCCAUCCAGGGCAG